AUGAUGAUGUUUCAAUUUAAACAAGUAUUCUUAUUUAUUCUCAUGAUAAAAUUUAUAACAACUGAAAAUAAUUUUCCACAAAUUUUGACAAAAACAUAUAAUCAAACGUCAAAUUUAACUUCAACAGCUAUUUUAACAUGUCAUGUACUUGAUUUAGAUGAGCAUCAUGUAACAUGGUUUAAAUUUGAUCCAUUGACUUCUUCAUUACAUCCAUUAGCAGUUGGAAAAGAAUUAUUUAUAACUGAUAAACGUUAUUCAAUAUCAUCCUACUCGACAUCAACAAGAGAUUCUUAUUGGUCAUUAGAAAUUUAUCAAUUAAAUUUAUCUGAUGAAGGUACAUAUCUUUGUAAAAUUGCUAAUCGACGAGCAAGUGUUAGUAUAUCAAUAUAUUUACAUAUCCAAAUACCAAUGUUUUUAUUUCCCCCAUAUCUUUAUGUCGAACCAGGAACAAAUGUUAAAUUAAACUGUAGUAUAUUAAUUGAUAAUAAUAAUAAUAAUAAUGAAGCAUUUUCAUCAACAAUUAAUUGGCAUUUUAUUUCAAAUCAAUAUAAUAAAACAAAACCUAAUGAUGUACAUACACGAAAAAUAUUACUAAAUAAUAGUUUAACAUCAUCUCUAAUUAUUCAACAUGCUCAAACAUAUCACUCGGGUAUAUGGACAUGUGUAUACAAACGUCAACGACGUACCACUAAAUUAAUUGUUGAAAAAGAUGUUUUACAACGUCAACGUAUUAGUGCUUUAUUAUCAAAUAAUUCCAAUAGACGAUAUUCUCUAUUAAAUUUUCUUUUCUUUAUUUUAUUGAUUAAUUAUUGUAAUAAACUGUUUUUUAUAUAA